AUGAUCUCUUGUGCUGAGCAGCAAAGCUGAAGCCGACAGGGAGAGGCCGACAGGCCCGGCUCCGGUGGCUCCAGCUUCCCUCCAGCUCUGGCUCCUGGGAGCUGCUUUGGAAUUCUCUCAGCGCCUGGUAUUUCCAUGCAUUUACUUGGACCUCACAAAGCUGAGUCCACAAUGCGCAGGCAUGAGGAUAAAGAUGCCGAGCUGGACCGUAGGAUAGUUGCCCUGCGCAAGAAGAACCAGGCCUUACUACGAAGAUACCAGGAGAUAGAAGAAGAUCGUCGGCAGGCGGAGCAGGGGGGCAUGGCUGUGACCACUCCAGGGUUCCUCCAACCCGACAGCCUCACAGUCACCAUCAGCCAGGUUCCUGGUGAAAAGAGGGUGGUCAGCAGAAACUGGACCAGGGCGCCCCUUUCACCUGGAGUGACUACCACACUGACAGAUGAAGAUGCUGCAGACUCACGGGGAACUUUCAGCAUGGGGGACCGGGUGGAACUCGCUGUCACCAUGGAAAACAAAGCCAAGGCCAAGCGCAUCGUGAGUGAGAAACCCACGACCCAACCAAGGAGCCCAAGGGCAAAAGGAACAUCUGGAGGAGGCCAGGGCCGGAGUUGUCCCUUGCAGACGACUUUCAGCUCAGAUUCAGCAGGGAAGGCUGUUUUGGAGCCCCGGAGUCCAGGUGUGGACCCAGGCCCACCUCCCCAACAGCUUUUGGGGGUGCCUCCAGAGGCCAGCUGGGACUACAUGCAGUGGAAACAGGAGAGAGAGCAGAUUGACCUGGCCCGCCUUGCCCGGCACAGAAACCCACAGGGUGACUGGAGUCGCCCAUGGGACCUGGACAAAGCCAAGCCCAUGCCACAGAACUGCAACAAGCCUAGGGACAAGGACCUGGCCAUGGGCAGCAGAAAGGGUCCUAGGACCCACCCGAAGCCUCAGCACCCACCAUCAUCCCUGGAUGGAAAAUGUCGGGGUGGACAAUCUGGAAGACCUUCGGUGACAUGUACCAUAGGCAGCAAACCCCAGGGGAAGGAGAGGCUAACUGGCAGGGCCCGAAGGUAUGAUGUGAAAGAAGAUAGGAAGCUGCAGAGACAGGAGGGAAGCCAGAGCAACCCGAAGAGUCCCAGUGCUGAGGAAGAGUGUGUACAGACUCGGAAUGAAAGCGAGCCAGACAGACAAGAGACCAUCCCUGCAACCAGUCCAACUCCAGCUUCCUCAGAGGGGCUAAAAGGAGAAUCGGGAGCCUCUACAGCCAGUUUGUCCCCAGACUCUCCACAACAGUCUGACUUGGCUCCCCUUGACCUCUCUGUAGGAGGAGGUAGCAACCCCAAUCCUGGAAAAAGUACAAGUAUACUCAGUCCGAAGGCUGGGGCUCAGGAAAGUCCAGUGUCAUGGCCAAAUGGUUCUGAGCAGACCCUGGGGUGCAAUGACCACCAGCCUGGGCUGGAAGUCCACAGUGGCACUGAGUCACAGAGAGAAGCAGAGACCCCAGAGCCCAAAGCGGACGGGGCUGGUAAGGCUGGGGUACAGCAGAACCUGACACCAAGAAGCAGGCCCCCCAGAGGAACUGGCCCAAGGGCAAGAGGCACAAGUAAAAGAAGCAGGGCUGGUGGUCCUGGCCCUGCAGGAAGAUGCUGAGUGAAGCUCAUGGGAGUUGGGGAGCUAGGCUGUGGAGGGGAGAACUCAGUCAAGAGUCUUCUGUGUGGUAGGAGUUACAGCUGUUAGUGGGAGUCUUGUACCUUCCUGGUUGAGCAAUGUGGCAAGAUUCCACAGGGACACCAUGCCUCUUACGCAUACCUUUCUACACAGUGGGUUUGUACAUGUAAGCAAGGUCCCUGCUGUAUUUUGCAGGCUGUGCUCUCUUGUUCAAGGCUGGUAUCCCUGGCCUGGGCUUACUGUUACCUAGGCCAUAAGCCUUUCCCACCAAGCAAGAUUUGGCAAGACCCCAAUACAUGGGUCUCCUGA